UUGCAGCUUCGAAUAAUGUCUAUCAAGAUCAACAAUAACCGCGAAGGAAGUAAUAGACGGCGGAUGAUGAUGAUGAGGCUUUUGUUAAAAAAGUUGCAAAAGCGUCUUCCAUUCUUAGCCCCCAGAAAACCUGAUCUAAGCGGCAAUAUUGAGUUUGUUCCUGAUGAUGUAAAGGAAGGUCAUUUUGUUGUUUUUGCGGUUAAGGGUGAGGAAACACAAAGGUUCGUGGUUGAAUUAGGCUACUUAAGCAACCCUGCAUUCUUGAGGUUACUGCAGCAGGCUGAGGAGGAAUACGGAUUCGAGCAAAAGGGAGCGAUUACAGUCCCAUGUUUACCUCAGGAAUUGCAAGAAAUUCUUGAAAACCGAUGCCAGAUUAAUCUUCCUGGUCGUGGAAACUGGGCUACAUGUAAUUCCGGCAUCAUACAGAGUUACUAGCAAGGAGAGUUAAUUCAUGCUUUUACUUGUUUUUCUAUUCUUUGUAGAUCGCCCAUGGCCACUCUAUAUGUAGUUUAGAUAGAUCUUGCUCUAUGUUUUUGA